GUGGGAUCACACCAUGGCCUGGGUCCCUCUCCUCCUCGCGGUGCUCGCCAACACCUCAGGUUCCCUGGUCCAGGCAGCGCUGACUCAGUCACCUCCGAUGUCGGUCAAAGUGGGAGACACCGUCAAGAUCACCUGCUCUGGGAGUAGCAGCAGCUGGGGUUAUGCUGUGACACUACCUGGCACUGCCCCUGUCACUGUGAUCUAUCGCAACAGCAACAGACCCUCAGACAUCCCUUCACGAUUCUCCGGAUCCGAGUCCGACUCCACGGGCACAUUAACCAUCACUGGGGUCCAAACCGAGGACGAGGCUGUCUAUUUCUGUGGUGGCACAGACAGCAGCAGUGGCAGCAGCUAUGGCAGCAUCGCUGACUCAGCCGUCCUUAUUGUCUCACAGCGUGGAGAAACUGUCAAGAUCACCUGCUCUGGGGGUAGCAUCAACUAUUAUGGCUGGUACCAGCAGAAGGUCCCUGACAGUGGCCCUGUCACUGUGAUCUACAACAACAACCAGAGACCCUCAGGGUCUGAAUUGCAUGAAAAAGCCAUGACCCAGGAAGGUGGGGGCUUAAAAGCUAGAGAGAGUCCAUGGCACAGCCCUGUCAUUUUGGGGAGGCAGAGAUGGAGAGAUGGAAGCAUGGCCUUGGCCCUUCUCCUCCUUGCAGUGCUUGCCCACAGCUCAGGUUCCCUGAUCCAGGCAGCAUCGCUGACUCAGCCGUCCUUAUUGUCACAGAGUGAAGAAACUGUCAAGAUCACCUGUUCUGGGGGUAGCAACAACUAUUAUGGCUGGUACCAGCAGAAGGUCCCUGGCAGUGCCCCUGUCACUGUGAUCUACGCUAAUAGCUACAGACCCUCGAACAUCCCUUCGCGAUUCUCCGGAUCCCAGUCCGGCUCCACGGCCACAUUAACCAUCACUGGGGUCCAAGCCGAGGACGAGGCUGUCUAUUUCUGUGGUAGCUGGGACAGCAGCAGUGGUGGCUACGGUGUGUGGUGCCAACAGUUCCCUGGUCCAGGCAGCAUCACUGAGUCAGCCAUCCUCAGCCUCAGCCAACCUGGGGAGACACUGUCAGGAUCAGCUGCUCUGGAAGUAGCAGCAACUAUGGCUGGUUCCCUGGUCCAGGCAGCACUGACUCAGUCGCCUCCGAUGUCAGCCAAAGUGGGAGACACCGUCAAGAUCACCUGCUCUGGUUCCCUGGUCCUGGCAGCGUUGUAUAAUCUCUCCUUGGUGUCAGCCAUCCUGAGACAAACCAUUGAGAUCAACUGCUCCCGAGCAAAGAUCAAGGUGGGAGAUGCUGUGAAGAUCACCUGCUCUGGGGGUAGCAGCAACUGGUAUGGUUGGUACCAGCAGAAGGUCCCUGGCAGUGGCCCUGUCACUGUGAUCUGGGAUAACACCAACAGACCCUCGAACAUCCCUUCGCGAUUCUCCGGAUCCAUAUCCGGCAACACGGGCACAUUAACCAUCACUGGGGUCCAAGCCGAGGACGAGGCUGUCUAUCUCUGUGGUGGGAGUCAGGGUCCGCGGCACAGCCCCAUCAUUGCAGGGACGUGGAGCUGGUGGGAUCACACCAUGGCCUGGGUCCCUCUCCUCCUCGUGGUGCUCGCCCACACCUCAGGUUCCCUGGUCCAGGCAGCGCUGACUCAGUCACCUCCCAUGUCGGUCAAAGUGGGAGACACCGUCAAGAUCACCUGCUCUGGGAGUAGCUACAGCUAUGGCUGGUACCAGCAGAAGGUCCCUGGCAGUGCCCCUGUCACUGUGAUCUAUGUUAAUAGCAACAGACCCUCGAACAUCCCUUCGCGAUUCUCCGGAUCCAAGUCCGGCUCCACGGGCACAUUAACCAUCACUGGGGUCCAAGCCGAGGACGAGGCUGUCUAUUUCUGUGGUAGCUACGACAGCAGCAGUAGUGCUGGUAUAUUUGGGGCCGGGACCAUGUUGACCGUCAAAGGCGAUGGCCACGUCGACACCGCUCCCACCAUCCACCUCUUCCCGCCGCCCUCCGAGCAGAUCUUGAAGGAGAACAAAGCCAUUCUGGUGUGCCUAAUUGAGGACUUCUACCCCAGCUCUGUGGAAGUGGAAUGGGUGGCUGAUGGCACCACCAUCACAAACAACGUGCAGACCAGUCAGUCCGUGCAGCAGAACGACAGCAAGUACAUGGCCAGCAGCUACCUGACACUGGAUGCCAGCCAGUGGCAAAGUUACAACUCAGUCUCCUGCAAGGUCAAGCACGAGGCUGGCAAUGUGGAGAAGACAGUGAACAGAUCCGAGUGCCCCUAAGCCCACUGGGACCUCCUCGCACCCACCGGCCCUUUGCUGGCUCCCUCCCUCCUCCCCACUUCUGGGGACAGCGGCUCCCCCCAGCCACACACCUCGCUCCCCACAUCCCCCUGUCCCCUGCACCUAUUUCCCCACUACAAGUGUCAGACAAAUAAAAACCGACACUGAACUAGUGCUGGCUCAGCA